AUGUCCAACAAGCAGCAAGUCCUCACGUCCGAGGCCGUCUUGGAAAAAUACGGCAAGGCUCUUGUCGGAAAGACAAUCCUGAUUACCGGGGUAUCUGAUGACUCCAUUGCCGGAGAGCUGGCUGUCCAGCUGGCCAACGUCGAUCCAAAGCUGCUUAUUCUCAGCGCUCGCGCUGAAUCAAAGGUCGCUCCCAUUGUGGAGAAAAUUCAGAAAGCGAAGCCUAAUGUCGAAACUCGUUUUCUGAAGAUGGACCUAGGCAACUUGAGUGCCAUCCGCAAGGCAGUAGAUCACGAUCUCCAGGACGUGCCUCAGAUUGACCACCUCGUCUGUGUAGCGGGCGUCAUGGCAUGUCCGUAUAGCAAGACCGUGGAUGGAUUUGAAACACAGUUUGGAGUCAACUACCUCGCUAAUUUCCUGCUUGUGAAACUGCUAUUGCCGAAGAUCAAGGCCGCUGGCCCAGCCUCGUCUGUCAUCAUCGUGGCUAGCUCUGCAACUAGACAGGGGAAAAUUCAUUUUGAUGACAUUGGCUUCAGUGAUGGCAAAACAUACGAACCAAUGGCCGCAUACGGCCAGUCGAAUGUUGCGCGAGUGAUGUUCGUGAAAGAGCUUGCCGAGCGGCUAAAAGGACAGGGGGUGCGCACUUACAGUAUUGACCCAGGUGCGGUGAUGUCUGGCCUACAACGGCAUUUCACUCCCGAGUUCAUCCAACAGAUAGCUGAGUGGAGAAAAGCUGGACCUUUGACCGAUAUGGAUGGCAACCCGUUCGACAUUCCGCCCUGGACUACGAGGUCCGAAGGAGCAGCCACAAUGAUCACUGGAAUGAUCGACCCCACCAUUGCAGAUUCCAACGGGUCGUAUUUGAACAAAAAUGCCGUUUCAGAUGACGAGCUGCACACUCACAUUAGGGACAAGCAAAACUGGAAGCGUCUCUGGGAUCUGACUGAAGAGCUUAUUCAGGAGAAGUUUACCCCUUGA